AUGCGUGCUUAUAACAUUUCGAUUGAUGACAAUCAUCAGCCGACGGCGAAAUCGCGAUUGCGAACGUUUGACAUCGACGUUGACUCGAAGCCGCGAUUCUCACGUCAAACGUUCACGACUCCUAAAAAGGAUCGUGGCGCGAUUCCACUCUGCGAGCCGUCCGUCUCGAAAUCGUCCGAACCGCGAUUCUCGUCGUUUUCGGCGACGUUUCAACAAAUGUCCGACGCCGUCUAUUCCGAAUCGUCAGAAGCCAAACAUCCGAGAGCGUACGUGUCGCCGCUGCCGGCGACGCCUUCAUCAUUCGCGACGCACGUCUCCGAUGAAUCGCUCGCCGCCGCUUUGUCCAACAAGAAGAAUGAGCUGCCAUUGAUCGUGAAGCCGUUGCGCAAAUUCGUCGCGUCGCGUCGAACAACGCUCGUCGAGCCGCCGACACUCGCGCCGCCGACACCUCAAAUCGACACCUACUCGCUUCCGCGCAACUUUCAAAGGCCGACCGUUCUGCACGCGGCGGCUCCAGCGAUCAUCAAAUACGACCAAAUUCCGUAUAUCGACGAUGAGGAGACGCCAGUGUUGCACAAAAGAGAGGACAGCGGCUAUCGGAGUAUGGAGAAUAUACGGAAAGUGAGCAUUCCGGAGAAGCCAAAUUUGGCCAAAGUCGAACCUUUCAAGGCGGUUGAAAGCACCUCGAACGAGCAAGAGGAACCGUUUGAUUGGGGUGAUGAUUAUUUGAAUUUUCCCAACAAGCGUCGAUGUAGUUUAGUUCUUCGAACGCAAACCCAUCUUCGUGUCAAGACCAUAAUUGACAAACUGCUGAAUUGUUCGGGACGCGAUCAGCGACGCGCGUUAUUUUCGCUGAAGCAAAUCUUCCAGGAUGAUCAAGAUUUGGUGCACGAGUUUGUCCAAAAUCAAGGUCUCGAUUGUAUGAUUCGAUUGGGACGAACGGCCGAUCAAAACCAUCAAAAUUAUAUAUUGCGAGCAUUGGGUCAACUAAUGCUUUACGUCGAUGGUAUGAAUGGAAUCAUCGCGCAUAAUGGCACAAUUCAAUGGCUCUAUGAGUUGCUCGACUCGCCGUUCCGAUUGGUUGUGAAGACCGCUCUCAAGCUCCUUCUCGUCUUCAUCGAAUAUAACGACAACAACGCGCUUCUAGUGCUGUCGGCAAUUCAGACAGUCGAUAAAUCGAAUAAUCAACCCGAUUGGAGUGGCUUGAUGAAGGUGCUCACCGAAAAAGAUUCGCCCGACGCCGAGACGUUAGUGUACGGAAUGACGGUUGUCAAUAAAGCGUUGCACGGAAUUCCGGAUCGGGACACGUUCUAUGAUGCCGUCGACACAUUGGAUACUCUUGGAAUGGAAGAAGCGAUUAAACAAAUGAGCAGAAUGAACAAUAAGGAGCUGGAGGAGCAGUGUCGGCUGUAUGAAAGAGAGUUGAAGGAAGAGGAUGAGCGUGGCGAUAAUGAGGAUGAUGUUGUGAAGAUGAGAGUUUCGCAUAGCAGCGAUGUCGGCAAUUCGCGGCGAUCGAGUCAGGGCUCGCACGAUUCGGCAAUCACGAUGGGCAGCGAGGAGGACUCGCGGCGAAGUCCGAUUCAGUCGACGAGCCGCACGAACACGCUGGAACGAAAACCGAAAUCGGUGACGCACGAGAUGCCCGAGGACAUCGAGACGGCGCUGGAGAAAUUGAAUCGAGCGCUUCAGAAUCGACGCGAGGCCGAACAGGCGCGAAUCAAACAGCAGAAAUUGAAAGAGUUGGAGCAGUUGGAGGAAAUUGAGCGGAUGAGGAAGCAAGCGGAAGAGCGGCGGAAAAUUGAGGAGCAGAAGAGGCGCGACGAGGAAGCCGAGGAAGCGGAAAGAUUACUUUUUAUUGACGAAUAUAGAUUUGGCCGAAGCCCGUCGGAUAUGUCGCUUCCCAACACAUCGUCAUCUGCGGUUUCUCCAACCAGCGGUGAUGAUAAGAAGUCGGCAAUGCGAAGAAGGCAUGAGGACGCGCGGCGUCGUCAAAUCGAGCACGAGCAAUUUGCGUCGAAUCGAUCAUUGUUCAAUCGAACGCCAACGGAUGUGCUUCCUUCGCCGAAGCCGCUUGUUGAGAAUGGAUGGAGAGAGGCGAAAGAGUCGAUCGCUUCAACGUCAUCGCAUGAAUUUGGUGAGAGCAAGAGGAAAGCGCCGCCGGAGCCGUUGAAGCUUGUGGAGAACAGUAAUCAGGAGAACGUGACGCCGGAGAAUGAGGAGGAAGGCAAACCGGUGAAAGCGCCGCCGCCGUCGUUUCCGACGAUCUUCUCGCCGACCGAAACGAAGACGAUGGAGUUCCCUGAUGUUUCGGCUCCGGUUGAAGAGGAGAAGGCGCCGCCGCCGCCGCGCGCCAAAAUUGAAGCAUCGUCCGGCGGUGGCGGAUUCGCCGAAAUGCUUCAGAAGCGCGCUCAACGAUCGGCGGAAGCCAAUCGCAAUUUGUACGAGAAGAAGGAGAGCGAGGCGGAGGUGCAAUGGAAGAAAGCGGCGGAGAACUUGAAAUCGCGGCCACUUAUCAUCAAUGAUCUCGAUUUUUCCGAGUUCCACGACGCCGAUUUCGAGCAGGACCCGCUUCAACUCGCUCGAGCCGCUCAGAUGACGGCGGCGAGUAAUUCGCCGGCGAUUCGCGGCGUUCCACCGCCACCGCCGCCGCCAUCCGCAAUUCCAUUGCCACCAAGACUGCAAGGAGCCACCAAUGGCGGCAUUCCACAAGCGCCGCCUCCACCGGGACUGAUUCCACCGCCACCACCGCCAGGCGCGUUCAAUCGGGAUAAGAGGGACGUCAGUCCAGCGACGUCACGAGGCGUCUUGAAAUUGCACUGGAAGCCGGCCACUGUUGAGCAGCCGGCAAUUCCGCUGCUGAAAAAGAAGGGAUGCUUCUGGAACACGGUCGACAGUGCGGUUCCGCGAUUCGACGCCAACAAGAUUGUGCAACUUUUCGAGAGCAAGAAGGAGAAGGAGGCGACGAUAAAGAAAGUGGCCGAAACGAAAACGCAAACUUUAUCGGUUUUGCCGUUGAAACGUUCUCAAGCAAUUAAUAUUGGAUUGACGAAACUUCCACCGAUUAAUGUGAUUCCGGCGGCAAUUAUGAAAUUCGACUCAAUGGUGCUUAAUAAAGACGGAAUCGAGAAGAUAUUGAAGACGAUGAUGCCGUCGCCGAAGGAGAUCGAGGAGAUCGAGUUGAAGGCCGCCGAAAAUCCCGAAAUGACAUUGGGCAACGCCGAGCAGUUCCUGUUGAAGCUCUCGCAAAUCCCGUGCCUACUCGAACGCUUGAAACUCUGGCUGUUCACGCUGGACUACAAAAACUCGGAGAAGGACAUCGCCGAGCCGCUGAUGGAUUUGCAAUUGGCGAUGAAGGAAAUGGAGGAGUCGAAGACGUUCCGCGUUGCGAUGGGAAUGCUGUUGGCGAUUGGAAACUCGCUCUCGGGAACGGAGAUCAAAGGGUUCUACUUGGAUUAUCUCACAAAAGCGUCGGAGGUGAAGGACCCGGUGUACAAGCACACGUUGACCUACCAUUUGGCUGAGUACAUGGUUGAGCAUUAUCCGGAAGGCACCGAUUUGUACAGCGAAUUCGGCGCCGUCGCGCGAACCGCAAGAGUCGAUUAUAAGGAACUUUUGGAUAAUUUGAUGCGAUUGGAGAAGGAGUGUAAAAAUUCUUGGGAGUGUCUCUCGAUAAUCAGCAAGAAUGACAAUUCGUCGAUGAAGCAGCGAAUCAAUGAUUAUCUGUCGGAUGUGGCGCAGAGAAUCCAUCAGCUCAAGGCAAUCUAUACGGUGACCAAAAAUCGUUGGCAUUCGUUCCUUCUCUAUUUCGGCUAUUCGGUCGACGAGAUACCGAAUCAGAAUCCGAACGAGGUCUUCAAAAUGGUCACCGAGUUCUCGCUCGAAUAUCGCACAACGCGCGACAAGAUCCUUCAGCAACGCAAACGGAUGGCGGAGAAGCGCGAGCGCAACAAGACGCGCGGCAAAAUUUGGGCGCUCGAGGGCAACUCGAUGGACGGCGCCGACGCGGGACCAUUGCGACGCCGGAAUAUGCAUCAGCAAUCGGCGGCGGCGACGACCAGCUCGCAACAGCGACAUGAGGAAAUGUCGAAAAUGCUGACGUCGAUGACAAUGGAUGAUGGAACGCUGAGGAAGCGGGGAGGAGCUGGCAAUUCGGCAACCAAUGGACGCAAUUUUGGCGCAACUCUACCCAAAGAGCUUGUCGAUCAGGAAUCGCCGGAAGACGAGAUUCUCAACGGGCUUGUCAAAGCGGCGACACUUCAAACCGAGUCGCGAGAUCAGCGGCGGCGAGCUCGACAGUUCAACCGAAAAUCAUUACGCAGAACGAGGACGUUGAAAAUGGUUGACGGACAAUUGGAGACUUGCAACUAUUAA